AAGAGAGGAGGGAAAAACGAGAAGGCAGAAGCAGCAGGAUGCGAGGAAAGAAGAGGAGAGGCAAAAGUUUUGGCACUCGACACGAUGCUGAAUUCGAGGUAGGAUCGAGGAAACCGAGACGACUAUCAAACAUUAUCCCAUAGAAGCAUUCCAUACCCCAUGCGUUUUUACAGAUCUCAAUCUCUGAAGAUGCUUUCUAAGAUGGGUUACUUGGAACUGAUUUACAACCGUCGAAAAGUAUACAACAUCUGAAUUGCAAAAUAUUUGAAAAAGAUACACGGAUGCUACCCAGAUUUCAGCUAACCGAGAAAAUACGUAUCGAGACCGCUGUUUACAUCGUGCAUAAACACUUGCGUGGCACUUAAGAUGUCGUUUAAACGCAGACAGGAAACACGAGAAUACACUGACAUGAACACGACUAAAUCGCGCUGCGAAGCACGGUUGCCGUUUUCUCGCGCUUGGCUGGCGAAGCAAGAAGAGUGACAUUCGCAUUUUCUUCCGUCGGAGACGCAACGGAAUGGAAAUAAACGCACAGUUAACGCAAAACAUCCGUUAUGAUCCUGUUUUACGAAGAUCCUCAGCGGUCUCAGUGCUGUGGGACAGUUUGAUUCGACGAAAUGUCCAGUGUCUCUUCUUGUCUCCUCUUUUGCGUUCUUUGGGUAACUAUAUUUGACGGUGUACAGCUCGCAAAGACCGAAGAUGUUCUAGAUAAGAUAAAAUCAGGAUUGCAGUACGCCACUAACUAUUUGGAAACAGCUAAGGAUAUUGCCGAUCUAGUAUCUAAGAGUUUAGGUCAUAAGGAGAGACGAGGAGAAGACGGGAGCAAUGAGGCAAAGCAACCAUUUGGCCCUUCAAAUCUCGUUUCUGCAUUCCUUCGACUUUUCGGACUUGAUUCACCUAAAGUCGCAGCAAUUGCAGUUAACAGCGUCAUAUUUCUUGCCCAAAUGAUAAGUUCGCUCUUUGGAUUGAAAUUGCCGCAAAACAAUAAUGCUAGAAAUAUUGCUGACAAAGAUCUAGCUUGGGAUCCCUUAAAAUUUAUUUUGGACAAUAAAAAUGAAAAAAUCCGAAACUUGGUUGAUCAAGCGAAGGAUCCGAAUCUACCGAAUCAACUGAUAGCGAGUAUGAGUAGUUCCGAUUCCGCUUGCAUUAGAUUACUGUUAUGUAAAUCAUCUCUUGUCAUAAGAACAGUACAAAACUCCCUUAAUAAUAAAUCGCAAAAUUACAUACAUGGAAUUACUGCGUGGCUACCGUCUGUAGAGGAAUUCGAAGCAAAUAGCGACAAAUGCGAGAGCAAACAUACCGAUUGUAGUUUAUUUUCAUCGCAAUAACAAUUACCAUUGCAAAGAAAUGAGAAAACGAUGGAAUAAUUAAAGUAAAGUAUUGAACAGCGCAUUUUUUGUUUUUUUAAUAUAUAAUGCGGUUUUUUUCUUUCUCUUUUACAUAUUUCAUACUGCAACACUAUAGAGAAAGCAACAAUGUUUUUACAUAAAAAAACAUUUAAUGUUAAAAUUAUUGUUAACUAAGUAUGUAAUAAUAAUAAAUAAUUAUAACUUCUAUGCUCAUACUUUUUGUAUGUAUUAUGCAGAUAAUUCAUGAUACUAUGGCAUUUCUAUGGCAUUUCUAAAAUCAAUAGUACAGAGUACACAAUAAUGAAUAAAAGUAGUUAAUUAAUCGAGCCUAAUGUGUACGAAUUCGCAAAUAAAUGCAAAUAUUUCGUUUGAAAGCAUAAAAAAUAUUCGCAAUAUAAUAAGGACGGUACUAAUACAAAGAGUCCAUACACUUUGGAAUCUAGAAUUUUAUAUCUGUACUUUAAAUUAAUUAUAUAAUUUCUUUGUUUUAACUUUUAAAAAUAUGUUUGGUACAUAUUUUUGAUAUCUGUAAAAUUAAAGUUUAGCUUUCGAGAUCGAGAGAAAGGAACGCUUUUUAUCGAUAGAUUUCCUAAAACGUUAAUAAAGUUAAUAAAAUAAAAUUUAUAUAACAAUUAUACAAAAAACAAAAAACAAUAA